AUGUCGUCGUCAGCUUCAUCAGAUUCCUCGGCGGCGCGUGAUCAACAUGCGCCGCUGCUCCGCCCGCGUCAGGACGGCUCCUCAUCUUCUUCGGCCCGUCCUACAGCUCUUGCCGUUCUCUUGGGACGGAUCACCGGCCACCGCGCGCCGUCGAUGCUGGUGAGAGAGACGGCGGCGCGAGCUCUGGAGGAGAGACGAAUCGAUUGGGGUUACUCGAAACCCGUAGUCGCAGCUGACAUACUGUGGAACGCUGCUCUGGUGGUUGCGUCGGCGGUGAUGCUAGUCGGGACCACAGAAGAAAGGCCUAACGAGCCGAUUAGGGUUUGGAUCUGUGGCUAUGGGCUACAGUGUUUGAUCCAUGUGGUGCUGGUUUGGUCCGAGUACUGGAGGAGAAACACGAGCCGUAGAGCUAGGGAUUUGGAGUCUGGAGACGGAAUUCUAGAUUACAGUGAGGAUGAUUAUGAUGAAGACAGUGACAAUUCAACAACGUACAGUUUUGCGAAAAGAUGUGAGUCGAUAAACACAGUGAUAUCAUUCAUAUGGUGGAUCAUCGGAUUCUACUGGGUUGUACAAGGUGGAGAUAAGCUUUUAGGAGAUGCUCCUAACCUUUACUGGUUGUCGGUGGUUUUUCUGGCGAUAGACGUGUUCUUCGCCAUUUUCUGUAUCGUUUUGGCUUGCCUCGUUGGGAUUGCUCUCUGCUGUUGCCUCCCCUGCAUCAUCGCUCUUCUUUACGCCGUUGCAGGAACGGAAGGAGUAUCAGAGGCGGAGCUAGGUGUUCUUCCCUUGUACAGAUUUCAGGCUUUCCACAGCGGAGCUGGUAAAAUGGUUCCUACUCCGAUCAAUGGCUUGUGCUUAGCAGCUGAAAGAACACUGCUUGCUGAGGAUGCGGACUGUUGUAUAUGUUUGAGCUCAUAUGAGGAUGGAGCAGAGCUUCAUACUCUUCCUUGCAACCACCAUUUCCAUUCCAACUGUAUCAUCAAAUGGCUCAAGAUGAGAGCAACAUGCCCUCUCUGCAAAUACAACAUCCUCAAAGGAACCACUGAUCAAUCUUGA